AUGGAGAACCAUAACAUUACUAUGUUCAGAGCUGUUGAUGCCUUUCAAGAGCGGUUUUCUGUCAAGGUUAGGGUGAUCAGGGUUUGGGAACACCCUGAAAGGAGGAAUCCCAGUCAGUUAUACUCAUUUGACAUGAUUCUAAUGGACGAAGAGGGGACAAAGAUGGAGGCAACAUGCUUGAAUAGAGUUUUACCACAAUUUCGCCCGUCAUUAGUUGAAAAGAAAUGUUUGAUUAUCAGGAAUCCAACUAUAGGUUUUAAUAACUCUACGUACAGGUAUGUUGACAAUCAAAAUAGGCUAUGUUUCCAGGGGACAACCGAAGUUAUUCCAUGUGAGGAUAUUGGUGGAUCACCGUAUGGUUUUGAUUUCUUGAGUUUUGCGGACCUCUUGAACAGUAAUGGUAUUUCAAACUCUACAGUUGAUGUUAUUGGUUAUUUGGUUCGAUCAUUUCCUAAAGAGACUGUAACUAACAAAUUAACUGGAAAGCAGGCUGUUAAGGUUACUAUAGAGAUAUCUGAUCUGGAGGGUCGGACGGUAUUUCUUACUCUGUGGGAUCAAUACUGUGAUAAAGUUUUGUCGUUUUUUGAGAGUAUCAAGGGAAAAAAUAUUCAUGCAAUCAUUAUAUUGCAGUUUGGCAAGGUCAAGUGGUGGAAUGGGGUUGCGUAUGUUAACAAUUCAUACACCGUUAGUCGUCUUUUUUGCAAUCAUGAUUGUCCUGAAGUCGAUGAGUUCAGAAACCGUUUGUUUGAAAAUUCUAUUGAAGUCAGUGAAUCCACGAGCCUUGGUUCCAUGGCCAAAUCUGUUGAAGAGGAAAUCUUGCAAAGCAAAGACUUUAUGAAUAUUUGUGAUGUCUUUUCGCUUAAGACGGUAUCAUUUUUUGAUAAUUUAAAACUUUUCAGUAAAACUUUACUUUAUAUUUUUUUAUGUUGUCAUAUACAUAUGCAGGUUUGCAAGGUCAUUAUUCUGGGUAAUAUACUGGGUGUUUACAAAGAUGAAGGAUGGUUCUAUGAGGGUUGUAAUAGAUGUAACAAGAAGAUCAACAAAGUUGUUAAUCUGAGUGAGGACACCCAGGAAUCAGGUUCAGCUGUUACAAAGGAGGUUCUUACCUGUGUAUCUGAUCGUUGUGCUUUUAAAACUAUAACUUCUUCACUCAAGUUUAAGAUUCAACUUAGAGUUCAAGACCCAUCAGCUUCUGUUACACUUACUUUGUUUGAUCGUGAAGCACGGAAGUUGUUAGGAAAGUCUGUUGAUGAUAUUCUUACUGCUAACCCUGAAUUUCGUUCUGAUUCCAUGAAGAUUCCUGCUGAAGUUGACACAUUGGUUGGCCAGACUGCUGCUUUUAAAAUUGAUGUUACUGGCUACGUCUUGAAGUAUAACAUCCAUAAGUACGGUAUACUGAAGCUGACUGUGGAUCCUAACGUUAUAUCUGUUCUUCAAGAGAAGCAAUCCUCUUCACAGAUAACUUCUUCUCAAAAUAUGUCUCUCAAUGUUGAUGCUUCAGAAUUUGAAUCUCAGACAUCUGAUGGUUUCAAGAACUCUGCUUCCAAAAGAAUCGAAAACACUACUCCUGUGUCUAACAUGGCGAGCACCGUUUCACCUGUUUCAUUGGAUCUCACUGAUACUCCUGAUUCCAUGUUAGCUAAGGAUGAAGUGAAGCGAAACUUGGUUCAAGUCUACGAUGUUGAAGAAGAUUCUCACACAUCUGCAACGAAGAUCCAAAAGACUGGAGAGGUUCAGGAUUUCAACAGUGCGGAGAAGAGGAAACUCUUAAUUCCUAAAGUUGAGAAAUAG